AGUUCAUUCCAAAGGUGGGAAGAGGGCCGCUGGGGCUGGAGAGGGGAGGGCGAUCUUCUCCCUCACCACCUGCCCGGAGGUAGCCUUGGAGGAGUCUGCUCUAGGGACCAGUGCCCACCCCUGUCCUUCUCUCUGGGGUCGGCCAUCCCAGCUUCCUUUCCUUCCAUAGGCCUCAAGGCCAAGGACCAGCCGGCCCCAGCCCCAGAGAGUCCGCCACCCCCAGAGGCCAAUGCUGAAGCCAUUCACUUCCUCAACUCCCUCAGGCAGGAGGAGCUGCAGAUGCUGUUCUUCUCCGAGACUCUGGCCAUGGUCUCGCAAACAGGGGAGCCUCAGGGAGAGCUGACCAUCGAGGUGCAGAGUGGGAAGCACGAAGACAACGUGGGCACCAUGUCGCCAUGCGCCCUCGUGCACGCCUUUAGCCGUGGCUUCGUGGACAAGAUGCUCUGCGGAAACUCUCUCCUGGGCUAUCUCACGUGGAACCUGGAGAUCAUGGAACAACAUAGUCAGGAGUUCGUCAAGUUCCACAUCCUCCCCAUGGAGCAGAAGACGAGUUUGCUGAAGCAGGGGGACCAGCUGGCCAUGACCAGAAGUAUCAAGGAGGGUGAGGAAGUGAGGAACGAAGUGACAUUCUUCCCCUGGCACUCAACUGCGGGCUUCAUCUCCCAGGCUGCCAACCUGCUGCUGCUGAGGGUGAUGGCCUGGAGGCAGAUGGUGCCCAGUAAUGCCCGCUUCCUGGCCUUGGACAUGGAGGGCAAAUUCUGCUAUUGCACCUAUAAAGCCCUGGGCUCCCAGACCAUCCAGGUGGACCGUCAGCAGGCGGAUGCAUUCAUCGUGGAGCAGACCGUGCACUCGGUGGAGGGCAUCCCCUUCUCCUGCCAGUUCUACCUGCUGUCUGACGGGUGAGCGACCGGGGCAGGCCCAGGGGGCAGGGUGAGCACAGCCUGGCACUCAGCCUUGGAGGCUGAUGGGAGAAGGAAGCCACUGUUUCUGGGGACACCACCAGGAAGAGUUGCUGUUGAGAUCUGGGUGCCCCUGCUUUAUCCACACCUUUCACCCUUUCUUUACGUACUCACUCACUUUCCUGGUCCUCAUGAUGCCUCCCAGACCUCACCACAGAGCCCUACAUGGCAGAGGACGCUCACACCAAUUCCCCAGGACCUAAGGCAUAGUUAAUGCAGCUGUCACAGGUGCCGGGUUUCACACUGAUAAACACCGAGGUUUGAACAACUCAACACGCAGUAAGAUGCUGGGAGAAGCAUUCUGGCACACGACUAAGCUGUCAUCAGCAAC